CCCUCCAAGCUUGUUGUUUGCGGAUCUAGUUACGUAAGUAAAGAACACGGCUUUAUAAAAACAUGAAGUUUUGGUGGAAAAUGUAGAAUUUCCAAAACUAAACACCAAAGAUGAGUCUUGUGGCAGUGUUGACCGUUUUUGCGGUUCUAAGCUGUUUAGAUGCACGAGCCAUUAAGUCAACCCCAUCUAGUAUUUGCUCAGCGAUGACCCCUUGCGGCUGGGAAGUAUAUAAGCCCUAUGUGAGGACAGUUGAGUUCUUUAUGAAAAGCCCAUGCGAUUGUCCCAGCGAUCAGAGAUGUGUGCGCUACAGUGACGACAUUUCCAUCUCUGCAUAUGUACAUCGAUGCUCGCCAUCAGCAGACGAUAGUAAUCAUUUGACUGGAGAGAGUAAUUCCUCUCCGUUCGAGUAACACAAUCAAUCAACCCUGUUUUUAACUGAUCGCUUCAUGCUGUUAUUUAUUGGAAUGCCGGCAUUCAUAUUGUACAUAAUUCAGCUGCUUUCAUGUCAUUAAAUAUUUUAU